CCCAGUCUCUCUCCUCUCCCAAGCAAAGCAUUUAAACCUCUUAUAUCAACCCACCAAACAAUGUCCCAAUCACAUCUUCACCAUUCUAAUCUCAUUUCAUUCUUCAACUCUCGUUUCUCUGUCUCGAAAUGGAAUCUGAACAAGCCGCCACAGCUGCUAGCACCACCCGAUUGAGCCCUUUCAAGUACUCGAAUCGGGUGCUCUUGAAAACCAUCUUGGAGAGAAGGGAGUUGAUUGGUGAGAGGGUUGUGAUUGGAGGAUGGGUGAAGUCCUCCAAGGAGGUCAGGAAAGAGCCGGUGCCACAUAUAGCUGGGGAUUAUGUGUCGGAUGAACCCGAACCAAGGUCAGACGUCAGCUGCAUCGAAAUUCUUCAGUCUCGGAUACCUUUUUUACGAACAAUUGUCAACGUCUUAGGCGGAGGAAGUGGUGAUCAUUAUCCAUAUACGGAUAAGUUGGAAACAUCGAUUCAUAAGUCCCCGCCGCCUUCCACUGUCUUCUUGAAAGUCGGCGAUGGUUCUUGCGUUGCAAGCCUUCAGGUUGUUAUUGAAUCCUCCCUGGCUCCCCCAUGCCAGCUCUUGCAUACUGGAACUUGCAUCAUAGUGGAAGGCUUGCUGCAGAAGUCUUUGGUACUACAAGGCAAAUACGUUAUAGAGCUGAAAGUGGAUAAAGUUCAUCACAUCGGAACAGUAGAAUAUAGCAAGUAUCCAUUAUCGAAAAAACGUGUUUCUCUAGAUAAACUAAGGGAGUUUUGCCACAUUAGACCGCGGACAACUACGGUGCAAUCUGUCAUGCGAAUCCGCAAUGCCCUGGAGUUUGCAGCUCACACAUUUUGUCAAAACCAUGGUUUUCUUUCGGUGCACGUACCCAUUAUAACAACUACAGACGGCAAAGGAUCCAGUGAAAAAUUCCAUGUCACUAGCCAUUUCGCAGCAGCAGGUGAAAAGGAGGAGCCUACGAAAGCCGUUGUUGAAAUAGACGUUGUUAGCAUAGAUGUUAUCAAGGCUGCAGUAAAAGAGAAAAGUAAUUUACUAGAGGAACUCAAGAGGAGCGACAGCAAUAAGGAAGCAGUAGCUGCUGCAACGCAGGACUUAAAGAAAGCAAAUGAGUUAGCAUCACAAUUGGAAGCAAGAGAGAAAUCAAAACCGAAAACUUCUCAGAAGGUUGACAAUGUUAAAUCUUCUGAGGGUUACUUCUCUAGCCCAACUUAUCUAACCUCUUCUGGCCGGAUGCAUCUGGAGAGCUACGCUUGCGCCUUUGGAAAUGUGUACUCAUUCGGGCCACGAUUUCAAGCAGGGAAAGGAGAGUCCCCAAAACAUACUGCAGAAAUGUGGAUGAUUGAAGUUGAAUUGGCAUUUUCAGAAUUAGAGGAAGCAAUCGACUGUGCAGGUGACUUUUUCAAGUCCCUCUGCAAAUGGGUAGUGGAAAAUUGUUCGGAAGAUAUGAAAUUCCUUUCUCAGCGAAUCGACAAAACCAGAACUGAACGUCUUCAGUCAAUGGUUUUGAGUACAUUUGAAAGAGUUUCCUACACUGAAGCUUUAGAUGCUUUAAAGAAGGUUACAGAAAAGACAAAGGACACAAAGUUCGAGUGGGGUGCUGCACUAACUGAAGCGGAUCUAAGUUAUUUGGCUGAUGAGAUCUACAAGAAGCCUGUAAUUGUAUACAAUUAUCCAAAAGAAACCAAGCCAUUUUAUGUCCGGGUUAACGAUGAUGGAAAAACAGUUGCAGCAUUUGAUAUGGUUGUUCCAAAGGCUGGGAGGUUAAUUUCUGGUAGCCAAAAUGAGGAGCGCAUCAACGUUCUAACUACAAGGGUUAAGGAAUUGGGAUUGGCAGCACAGCAGUACGAAUGGUACUUGGAUCUUCGCCGGCAUGGAACCGUGAAGCACUCGGGAUUCAAUUUUGAGUUUGAUCAUAUGGUUCUGUUUGCCACUGGCCUGAAUGAUGUAAGGGAUGUCAUCCCCUUUCCCAGAAGCCGUGGCAAAGCCAACUACUAGUUUACUUUGAGUACAAAUUAGGACGUAAAGGACCCAAAUGGUGAAAAAUUGUAUACAUACAUUGAUGAAAAACAUAUGAUUUCAUACAUGUAAAUGAAUGAGGAGAUUUGUAAUUGGGAUGCAACAUGCAAGCCUUGUAAAAAUUUGUGCGUUCUUUCUUUGAAA